UUGAUCACUUUUUUCUGUCAUUUUUUUUUCAAAACCGGCACUCCGAUAAAUGAUUUAUAUACAGGAUUUAAAUGGAAGUUUCCGAAUCAUGUGAUUUAUCACAUGAUCAAUUUUUUCUAUAUCAAAUUUUGAUGUCUGAAAGAGUUUAAAUUAUGGUUUGCCAUCAGGUAUGGAAUUUGAUAUAAUUGUCAAUUGAAUCAACUACAACUAAUAUAAAUGAUAUGUCAUCAAUCAGUUUCAAUAUAGUUUAUGGCAGUAUAACCAAAAAGGUAACCAUCAAUAAAGCUAAUACCAUUCAACAAUUAAUUCAUGAAAGUUUUACUCUGUUUAAAAUUAAUCAUGAUAAAUAUCAAGGUAAAUUAAUCAUUGCUAAUUCUAAUAAAACUUUAGAUAAUUCGUUACCGAUUCGAUUAUCAUCAUUGAUUAAUAAUAGUAAAUUGAUAUUAAAAGUUGAAAAGAGAGAUGAAUCAAGUGAAAGUUUAUCAAAUCUGGGUAUUGAAGUUAAUAUUAAAUUAGCUAUAGCAGGAGGGAAAUCACUUAUCCAUAAAUUGAAUAAUCAAGUUACAUUAUUUGAAUUAUUAAAUCAAUUUGAUGAGAAAUAUAAAGGAGAUAUUGUUGUUAAAUCUGAUGAAUUGAAGUUUAAGAAUAUUCAAUUAUCGAUAUUGAAUUUGAAUUAUGGGUAUGAACAAUUUAAUCAACAAAAAUUAGAAUCUAUAAUUGGAAGGAAUGUGAAUAGUGUGGUGAUUAGAUUGAAUUAUAUUCAAGAUGAAGAUGAUCAGAAGAAAAGGAGAUUACAUGAGGAACAACAAGAGAUUAUUCGAUUACAAUUGAAACAACAAUCAGAACGUAAUUUGAAAAUUAAACAACAACGAGAGUUGGAAGAAGAACAAGCAAGAGCCAAGCAAGAGUUGGAAGAAAAGCAAAAGUCUAAGGAGGAGGUGGUUGAACCAGAAGAAGCAGUUGAACCAAUGGAAAUUGAUGAACCUUCAACCGUUACCGAUUCAACAGCAAAUGUAAGUCAACCUAAAACAAUUACGAAACGUAAGGAACAACCCGUUGAAGAAGAUCAAUAUAUUUAUGAACAACCUGAACUUAAGGAAACAUCACAAUUAUAUGUCCCAGAUACAACCAAAUCAAGCAAUUCCAAUAUCCCAAAUUAUGAGAAUCCUGAAGAAGAUUAUGAAAUGACAGUUAAUCAAGCUAUGACAUAUCAAAAGAUUAUUCAAAAUUCAGCUAUUCGGAAACCAUCUAAAGUUAUAAAGAAACGUCCUUCCAAAUAUCUUAUUAGAAUUAAAUUCCCGGAUGGGAAAUUAUUACAGAUAAAUUAUUUAACUAAUAUUGAAGAGAUUAAAUUUGGUCAAUUGAUUAAACGAAUUGAUACUUCAUUAAUGGGAGAUUAUAUUAAUCAUUAUAAUUUAAAAUUAAGUUAUCCUCCUUUCGUGAAGAUUGAUAUUAAUUUCACUACUAAUAAUUUAAAAUUGAUUGAUAUGAAAGAAUUUGAAUCAGAACAAGUAUCAUUAAUUUGGGAAGUUUCUGAUAAUAAUAUUGGAUCUAAUGGUCCAUAUAUUGAUCAAAGUAAGAUUAAUGAGAUUAAACAAUCAAGUGAAUUACCGGAAGUGUUAUUAGAGAGUCAUAGAAAGGAAUUACCCAGUGAUACUAGUAACAAAGUCCAUCAUAAGAGUGGUGAUGGUAGUAGUAGUAAUAGUCAUAGUAAUAGUAAUGAUAAUAGUAAUGAUACGAAGAGUUCAAGUACGGGGAAGACACCUAAAUGGUUUAAAUUUAAGUAAGUAAGUAUAUAGCAUAGUUAGAAGUAAUAUAAAAGUCAUCUCAUAUCUUUAACUUAGUUGUAUAA